UGGGCCAGGGGCGGGGCGGGGCCCGGCCGGGGCGGGGAGAGCGCGGGCAGAGGGGGCGCGGGCGAGCGCACCGCCCAGGCAGCAGCCGGCCGCUGGGGUCCGAGCGGCGCGGUGCUCUCCAGGCCGCUCCAGGAGCGCAGCCCCCGCCCCGCGCCGGGCCCGCCUCGCUUCCCACGCCGCCGAGCCGGGCGCCCGCGGGAGCCACCUGGAGCCGCCGCCACCGCAGGUUGAUGCGCGGCACCUCCCGGGACGCGAGGAGGAGCCAUCUUGAAACCAACUUAGCAAACUUUCGCAAAGUGCUCUCGAAGUGGAAGCUGCGGGCGAGGCAGGGCGCGCGGCCGCCGGUGUCCCCGCCCGGGCCCCCGGAGAGGCGGGGCGCGGGCUGCCUCGAGGGCCGGGAGCCGGGCGCACGGGAGCCGCCCCCCGGGUGGAUGCGGAGCCGCGCCGGGUGCAUGGAUUGUGCUCCGGCGCCCGGCUCGGGCUCGGGGCCAUGGCGCCGCGGCCGCCGCCGCCCGUGCUGCCCUCGCUGCUACUCCUGGCCGCGGCCGCCGCCCUACCGGUGCUGGGGCUCCGAGCGGCCGCCUGGGAGCUGCGCGUGCCCGGCGGAGCCCGCGCCUUCACCCUCGGUCCCGGCUGGACCUACGCGCUGGACGCCGUGCGCACCCACCGGGCGCUACGAGAGGCGCUGGACGUGAGCCGCGACGGGCGGCUGGGUGGGCGACGGCACGGGCCGGGCCCGGGGCCCCGCAGCUGCGCGCGGCUCGGGGGACGCCCGCUGCCGCUGCACGUUCGCCUGGCAGCCCGCGGCGCCCCGACCGUGCUGAGCCUCCGCCUGCGGGCGCGCGCGUACGGCUCUGGUUGCGGCGCCCGGCUCCGGCCACGACGGGCCAUCCGAGCGGAGCUUCACGCGAGGGCCGUGCUGACGGUGCCCGGGCCCGGCGCGGUGCUUUGCUUCCCGGCCCCCGGCGGCGGCGGGGCCGUUCUGCACUCGGCGCUGGCGGCCCUGACCACGUUCCCGGCCUGCCGCUGCCCGCUGCACCCCGGCCGCCUCUGCCCGCGCGGCCCCGUCUGCCUGCCGCCGGGCGGCUCGGCCCGCCUGCGCCUGCUGUGUGCCCUGAGGCGCGCGGCUGGCGCCAUCCGGGUGGAGCUGGAGUUGGAGACGGCCGCAGGGACGCCCUCCCCGUCGCCGUCGCUGUCGCCGCCAAGACCGACCAGGGCAGGGACGGCGAGGCGGGCCCGGCGGGGUGCCGGCGGCGGUACGAGCCCUCAGUUCCCGCUGCCCAGCUACCAGGUGUCGGUGCCCGAGAACGAGCCGGCGGGCACCGCGGUCAUUGAGCUGCGCGCGCACGAUCCCGACGAGGGCGAGGCGGGCCGCCUGAGCUACCAGAUGGAGGCGCUGUUCGACGAGCGCUCCAAUGGCUUCUUCCUCAUCGAUUCGGACACGGGCGCGGUGAGCACGGCCCGCCCGCUGGACCGCGAGACCAAGGACACGCACGUGCUCAAGGUGAGCGCCGUGGACCACGGCCUGCCGCGGCGCUCGGCCGCCACCUACCUCACCGUCACGGUCAGCGACACCAACGACCACAGCCCGGCCUUCGAGCAGUCCGAGUACCGGGAGCGCGUGCGCGAGAACCUGGAGGUGGGCUACGAGGUGCUGACCAUCCGCGCCACGGACGGCGACGCGCCCUCCAACGCGGACAUGCGCUACCGCCUGCUGGAGGGCGCGCGCGGCGUCUUCGAGAUCGAUGCGCGCUCCGGGGUGGUGCGCACGCGGGCGGCGGUGGACCGGGAGGAGGAGGCGGAGUACCAGCUGCUGGUGGAGGCCAACGACCAGGGCCGCAGCCCGGGCCCGCUCAGCGCCACGGCCACGGUGCACAUCACGGUGGAGGACGAGAAUGACAACUACCCGCAGUUCAGCGAGACGCGCUACGUGGUCCGGGUGCCUGAGGACGUGGCAGUGAACACGCCGGUGCUGCGCGUGCAGGCCACCGACCGGGACCAGGGCCAGAACGCGGCCCUGCACUACAGCAUCGUCAGCGGCAACCUGAAGGGGCAGUUUCACCUGCACUCGCUGAGCGGCAGCCUGGACGUGAUCAACCCGCUGGACUUCGAGGCCAUCCGCGAGUACACGCUGCGCGUCAAGGCGCAGGACGGGGGCCGGCCGCCGCUCAUCAACUCCUCGGGGCUGGUCUCGGUGCAGGUGCUGGACGUGAACGACAACGCGCCCAUCUUCGUGAGCAGCCCGUUCCAGGCGGCCGUGCUGGAGAACGUGCCGCUGGGCCACUCGGUGCUGCACAUCCAGGCCGUGGACGCGGACGCGGGGGAGAACGCGCGCCUGCGCUACCGCCUGGUGGACACGGCCUCCGCCUCCGCGGGGGGCGCCGGCGCCCAGGGCCCCGCCUCGGCCGCCGACUUCCCUUUCCAGAUCCACAACAGCUCGGGCUGGAUCACCGUGCGCGCCGAGCUGGACCGGGAGGCGGUGGAGCGCUACAGCUUCGCGGUGGAGGCUGUGGACCACGGCUCGCCGCCCAUGAGCUCCUCGGCCAGCGUGUCCAUCACGGUCCUGGACGUGAACGACAAUGACCCCGUGUUCACGCAGCCGGCGUACGAGCUGCGCCUGAACGAGGACGCGGCCGUGGGGAGCAGCGUGCUGACCCUGCGUGCCCUCGACCGCGACGCCAACAGUGUGAUCACCUACCAGCUCACGGGGGGCAACACCCGGAACCGCUUCGCGCUCAGCAGCCAGAGCGGCGGCGGCCUCAUCACCCUGGCGCUGCCGCUGGACUACAAGCAGGAGCGGCAGUACGUCCUGGCGGUGACGGCGUCGGACGGCACGCGCUCGCACACCGCGCAGGUCUUCAUCAACGUCACGGACGCCAACACGCACCGGCCGGUGUUCCAGAGCUCCCACUACACCGUGAGUGUCCGCGAGGACCGGCCCGUGGGCACCUCCAUCGCCACCAUCGGCGCCACGGACGAGGACACAGGCGAGAACGCGCGCAUCACCUACGUGCUGGAGGACCCCGUGCCGCAGUUCCGCAUCGACCCCGACAGCGGCACCGUCCACACGCUGACGGAGCUGGACUACGAGGACCAGGCGGCCUACACGCUGGCCAUCACGGCCCGGGACAAUGGCAUCCCCCAGAAGUCCGACACCACCUCCCUGGAGAUCCUCAUCCUUGAUGCCAACGACAACGCGCCCCGGUUCCUGCGGGACUUCUACCAGGGCUCGGUCUUCGAGGAUGCGCCCCCAUCCACCAGCGUCCUCCAGGUCUCGGCCACCGAUCGGGACUCCGGCCCCAACGGCCGCCUGCUCUACACCUUCCAGGGUGGCGACGAUGGCGACGGGGACUUCUACAUCGAGCCCACGUCCGGCGUGAUCCGCACCCAGCGCCGGCUGGACCGGGAGAACGUCGCCGUGUACACACUUCGGGUCCUGGCUGUGGACCGGGGGAGCCCUGCGCCCCUGAGCGCCUCCGUGGACAUCCAGGUGACCGUCCUGGACAUUAAUGACAACCCCCCGGUGUUUGAGAGGGACGAACUGGAGCUGCUGGUGGAGGAGAACAGCCCGGUGGGGUCCGUGGUGGCCAGGAUUCGCGCCCAUGACCCCGACGAGGGCCCCAACGCCCAGAUCAUGUACCAGAUCGUGGAGGGCAACGUGCCCGAGGUCUUCCAGCUGGACCUGCUGAGCGGGGACCUGCGGGCCCUGGCCGAGCUGGACUUCGAGGUGCGGCGGGAGUACGUGCUGGUGGUGCAGGCCACCUCGGCCCCUCUGGUCAGCCGGGCCACGGUGCGCGUCCGCCUCCUGGACCAGAACGACAACCCGCCGGUGCUGCCCGACUUCCAGAUCCUCUUCAACAACUACGUCACCAACAAGUCCAACAGCUUCCCCGCCGGCGUGAUCGGCCGCAUCCCGGCCCACGACCCCGACCUCUCCGACAGCCUCAACUACACCUUCCUGCAGGGCAACGAGCUGCGGCUGCUGCUCCUGGACACGGCCACGGGCGAGCUGCAGCUCAGCCGGGACCUGGACAACAACCGGCCGCUGGAGGCGCUCAUGGAGGUGUCUGUGUCCGACGGCGUCCACAGCGUCACGGCGCUCUGCACCCUGCGGGUGACCAUCAUCACCGACGACAUGCUGACCAACAGCAUCACCGUCCGCCUGGAGGACAUGUCGCAGGAGCAGUUCCUGUCCCCGCUGCUGGCCCGCUUCGUGGAGGGCGUGGCCGCCGUGCUGGCCACCAGCAAGGACGACGUCUUCGUCUUCAACGUCCAGAACGACACGGACGUCAGCGCCCGCAUCCUGAACGUGACCUUCUCCGCCCUGCUGCCCGGCGGCGGCCGCGGCCGCUUCUUCCCCUCGGAGGACCUGCAGGAGCAGAUCUACCUGAACCGCUCGCUGCUGACCGCCGUGUCCACCCAGCGCGUGCUGCCCUUCGACGACAACAUCUGCCUGCGCGAGCCCUGCGAGAACUACAUGAAGUGCGUGUCGGUGCUGCGCUUCGACUCCUCCGCGCCCUUCGUCGCCUCCGCGUCCGUGCUCUUCCGGCCCAUCCACCCCGUCAACGGGCUGCGCUGCCGCUGCCCGCCCGGCUUCACGGGCGACUACUGCGAGACCGAGGUGGACCUGUGCUACUCCAGCCCCUGCGGCGCCCACGGCCGCUGCCACAGCCGCGAGGGCGGCUAUACCUGCGAGUGCCAGGAGGACUUCACGGGUGACCGCUGCGAGGUGAACGUGCGCUCGGGCCGCUGCGCCCGCGGCGUGUGCAAGAACGGGGGCACCUGCGUGAACCUGCUCAUCGGCGGCUUCCACUGCGUGUGCCCGCCCGGCGGCUUCGAGAGGCCCCACUGCGAGGUGGCCGCCCGCAGCUUCCCGCCCCGGUCCUUCGUCACCUUCCGCGGCCUCCGGCAGCGCUUCCACUUCCGCGUCUCGCUCACGUUCGCCACGCGGGAGAGGAACGCCCUGCUGCUCUACAACGGCCGCUUCAACGAGAAGCACGACUUCAUCGCCCUGGAGGUGGUGGGCGAGCAGGUGCAGCUCACCUUCUCGGCAGGUGAGACCACGACCACGGUGGCCCCGCAGGUGCCCGGGGGCGUGAGUGACGGGCGGUGGCACACGGUGCAGGUGCACUAUUACAACAAGCCCAACAUCGGCCGCCUGGGCCUGCCCCACGGGCCGUCCGGAGAGAAGGUGGCCGUGGUGACGGUGGACGACUGUGACACGGCCGUGGCCGUGCGCUUUGGCGGUGUCGUCGGGAACUACACCUGCGCGGCCCAGGGCACGCAGAGCGGCUCCAAGAAGUCCCUGGACCUGACGGGCCCUCUGCUCCUGGGGGGCGUCCCCAACCUGCCCGAGGACUUCCCCGUGCGCAGCCGCCAGUUCGUGGGCUGCAUGCGGAACCUGUCCGUCGACGGCAGGAGCGUGGACAUGGCCGGCUUCAUCGCCAACAACGGCACCAGGGCAGGCUGCGCUGCUCAGAGGAACUUCUGUGAGGGGACCCGGUGUCAGAACGGGGGCACCUGCGUGAGCCGGUGGGACACGCACCUGUGCCGCUGCCCGCUCCGCUUCGGCGGGAAGAACUGCGAGCUCGUCAUGCCGCACCCCCAGCGCUUCAGCGGGGAGAGUGUCGUGUCCUGGAGCGACCUGGACGUCACCAUCUCGGUGCCCUGGUACCUGGGGCUCAUGUUCCGGACCCGGGCGGCGGACGGCGUGCUGAUGGAGGCCACGGCGGGCGCGUCCUCCAGGCUCCACCUCCAGAUCCUCAACAGCCACGUCCAGUUCACGGUGUCCCACGGCCCCUCGGACGCGGCGUCCAUGCAGCUGUCCCGGUCGCGCGUGGCUGACGGCGAGUGGCACCACCUGCUGAUCGAGCUGAAGAGCGCCAAGGAGGGCACGGACAUCAAGUACCUGGCGGUCAUGACCUUGGACUACGGCAUGGACCAGGACACGGUGCAGAUCGGGAACCGGCUCCCGGGGCUGAGGCUGCGCAGCGUGGUGCUGGGCGGCGUGUCGGAGGACAAGGUGUCGGUGCGGCGCGGCUUCCGGGGCUGCAUGCAGGGAGUGAGGAUGGGGGAGACGUCCACCAACAUCGCCACGCUGAACAUGGACGACGCCCUCAAGGUCAGGGUGAAGGACGGCUGUGACAUGGGCGACUCGUGCGCCUCCAGCCCCUGCCCUCAGCACAGCCACUGCCAAGACGCCUGGGACGGCUACACCUGCGUCUGCGACAAAGGGUACUUCGGGACGAAGUGCGUCGACGUGUGCCACCUGAACCCCUGUGAGCACCCGGCGGCCUGCGUGCGCAGCCCCGGCACCCCGCGGGGCUACGUGUGUGAGUGCGGGGCCAGCCGCUACGGGCCGUACUGCGAGAACAGGAUCGACCUCCCGUGCCCCAAAGGCUGGUGGGGGAACCCCGUGUGCGGCCCGUGCCACUGUGCCGUCGACAAAGGCUUCGAUCCCGACUGCAACAAGACCAGCGGGCAGUGCCAGUGCAAGGAGAACCACUACCGGCCCCCGGACCAGGACGCCUGCCUGCCCUGCGACUGCUUCCCGCACGGCUCCCACAGCCGCGCCUGCGACGCCGGCACCGGGCAGUGCGCCUGCAGGCCCGGGGUCAUCGGCCGCCAGUGCAACCGCUGCGACAACCCUUUCGCCGAGGUCACCAUGCUCGGCUGCGAAGUGAUCUACAGCGGCUGUCCCAGAGCGUUUGAAGCUGGCAUCUGGUGGCCGCAGACCAAGUUUGGGCAGCCGGCCGCGGCGCCAUGCCCCAAGGGAUCCGCGGGCACCGCCGUCCGCCACUGCAGCGGGGAGAAGGGCUGGCGGCCCCCCGAGCUCUUCAACUGCACCACGGCCUCCUUUGUGCAGCUCAAAGCCAUGAACGAGAGGCUGAGCCGCAAUGAGACGCGGAUGGACGGGCCGGGGGCCCUGCGGCUGGCCAGGGCGCUGCGCAACGCCACGCAGCACACGGCCGCGCUCUUCGGCCAGGACGUGCGCACGGCCUCCCAGCUGCUGGCCCGCGUCCUGCAGCACGAGAGCGGCCGGCAGGGCUUCGAGCUGGCGGCCACGCGGGACGCCGACUUCCACCAGGAUGUCGUCCGCGCUGGCAGCGCCCUGCUGGCCCCGGGCACCAGGGCCGCGUGGGAGCAGCUGCAGCGAGGCGAGGGGGGCGUGGCCCAGCUGCUGCGCAGCUUCGAGGAUUAUUUCAGCAACGUGGCCCGCAACCUGCGCCGGACCUACCUGCGGCCCUUCGUCAUCGUCACUGCCAACAUGAUCCUCGCGGUCGACGUCUUCGACAAGUUCAACUUCUCGGGAGCCCGGGUGCCGCGGCUCGAGGACAUCCGGGAGGACUUCCCCAAAGAGCUGGCGUCCUCCGCCUUCUUCUCGGCCGACUUCUUCCGACCCCCGGAGAGGAGAGAGGGGCCCUCGGGGAGGCCGGUCGGGGGCAAGGCCGCCCCGCAGACCCCGCGCCCUGGGCCCGGCGCCGAGAGCGAGGCCCCGUCCCGGAGGCGGAAGAGGCACCCCGAGGAGCCCGGCCAGUUCGCCGUCGCCCUGGUCGUCGUCUACCGGACCCUGGGGCAGCUGCUGCCCGAGCGCUACGACCCCGAUCGCCGCAGCCUCCGGCUGCCGGGCCGGCCGGUCAUCAACACGCCGGUGGUGAGCGCCGUGGUGCACAGCGAGGGGGCGCCGCAGCCCAGCCCCCCGCAGCGGCCCGUCCGCGUGCAGUUCGCGCUGCUGGAGACCCGGGAGCGCACCAAGCCCGUCUGCGUGUUCUGGAACCACUCCGUCACCCCCGGGGGGACUGGAGGCUGGUCGGCCAAGGGCUGCGAGCUGCUGGCGCGGAACCGGACCCACGUGACCUGCCAGUGCAGCCACACCGCCAGCUUCGCGGUGCUCAUGGACGUCUCCCGGCGCGAGCACGGGGAGGCCCUGCCCCUGAGGAUCGUCACCUACGCUGCCGUGUCCCUGUCGCUGGCCGCGCUGCUGGUGGCCUUCGUCCUGCUGGCGCUGGUGCGGACGCUGCGCUCCAACCUGCACAGCGCCCACCGCAGCCUGGUCGGCGCGCUCUUCCUCUCGCAGCUGGUCUUCGUGAUCGGGGUCACCCAGACGGGAAACCCGUUCCUGUGCACGCUCAUCGCCAUCGCCCUGCACUACGUCUACAUGAGCACCUUCGCCUGGACCUUCGUGGAGAGCCUGCACGUCUACCGCAUGCUGACCGAGGUGCGCAACAUCGACGCGGGGCCCAUGCGCUUCUACUACGUCGUGGGCUGGGGCCUCCCGGCCGUCGUCACAGGACUCGCGGUGGGCCUGGACCCCCAGGGCUACGGAAACCCCGACUUCUGCUGGCUGUCCCUUCGAGACACCCUCAUCUGGAGCUUUGUGGGGCCCAUCGGGACGGUCAUAAUUGUCAACACAGUUAUAUUUGUUCUGUCUGCAAAAGUCUCCUGCCAGAGAAAGCACCAUUAUUAUGAAAGGAAAGGCAUCGUCGCCGUGCUGCGGUCCUCCUUCCUGCUGCUGCUGCUCGUGGGCGCCACCUGGCUGCUGGGGCUGCUGGCCGUGAACAGCGACGCGCUGGCCCUGCACUACCUCUUCGCCAUCUCCAGCUGCUUGCAGGGCCUCUGCGUGCUGCUGUUCCACUGCGUGCUCAACAGGGAGGUGCGGAAGCACCUGAAGGGGGUGCUCGCCGGGCGGAAGCCGCACCCGGACGACUCGGCCACCACGAGGGCCACCCUGCUGACGCGCUCCCUCCACUGCAGCACCUACAGCGAGGAGCCCCACGUGCUGCGCACGGCCCUGGGCGAGUCCACCGCCUCGCUGGACAGCGCCGGCAGGGAUGAAGGGGGCCAGAAGCUCAGCGUGUGCUCUGGGCCCGAGAGGAGCGGCCUCGGGGAGCCGGACCCGUCCUUCCUCCCAAGGAACGGCAAGAAGCCCCCCGGCCCCGACUCGGACUCCGACAGCGAGCUGUCCCUGGACGAGAGGAGCAGCUCGUACGCCUCCUCACACUCGUCCGACAGCGAGGACGACAGGGUGGGGGCCCAGGACAAAUGGGACCCGGCCCAGGGCCCUGUCCACAGCACCCCCAAAGGAGACCCUGCAGCCAACCACGUCCCUCCGGGCUGGCCCGACGGGAGCCUGGCCGGGAGCGACAGCGAGGAGCCGGGCGAGAAGCCGCCCCUGAAGGUGGAGACCAAGGUCAGCGUGGAGCUGCACCUGGACCAGCAGACCAACCACUGCCUGGAGCGGCUCCCGGAUGGGGAGAGCGGGGGCCCGCCCAGGACUGCGGGGGGCGCGCCCUGCACCCAGCCCCCUGAGCAGAGAAAAGGCAUCUUGAAAAACAAAGCCACCUACCCGCCCCCGCUGACGGAGAAGACCCUCCGGUCCCGGCUGCGGGAGAAGCUGGCCGAGUGCGAGCAGAGCCCCUCGUCCUCGCGCUCCUCCUCCCUGGGCUCCAGCGACGGGGUCCGCGGCCCCGACGGCACCAUCACCGUCAAGACCCCGCGCCGGGAGCCAGGGCGCGAGCACCUCAACGGGGUGGCCAUGAACGUGUGCGUGGGGAGUGCCCAGGCCCACGGCUCCGACUGCGAAGGCAGUAACGAAACUUCAAUUUGACCAUCAGGAAACCGUGAGAGCCGUGUCCCCUCCACCGCGCGUCGGCACUGCGUCACGGCCUGGACUCGGAGCCCGAGGCCGCUGCCCUGGCCGGGAAGCAGGCCCUGGGCCCGAGGGACACAGCCCAAGGGACACAGCCCCAGGGCUCGGGGCCGUCCAACCCCAUGACAGGUGCCAAAGGCCACAGGCACGAGGAGGCGUGGACUCCGGCCCACAGCUGCUCCCUCAGAUGCAGACGGAGCCAAAGCCAUGCCUGGCCUCACCGGGACGGGGCCGGCACAAGAGCUGGUAGGACCCGCCAGGCCAGGCUCGCCAGGGUGUGAGGACGCCGGGCACAGAGCGAGAACCAAGGUCCGGCCGCCAUGUGGGCGUCACCCCACAGCCCGGGCCCUGGCAGCAGCAGGAACAGCCCUUGGCAGAGGCGCCCCCGCCUGGCAGAUCUCCCGUGCGGACACGGAGCUGCGAGCAGCAGAGGCCUGUCUGCUGUGCACCGAUGGGUCCUGGGAGCCCGUGGAGCAUCUCGCUGGUGUUUGUAUGAGGAAGCGUGCACAGGGGCACUUGAACCUGGCGUGCGUGAGGCACAUCAGGGGCCAGGGUGCUGGGAAGCGGGAUCGAGCCGCAGGCAGAGCUGAGCCGGGCCCCGGCAGUGCGCACAGCCCGAUCCUAGGCUCGCCGGCGCCUGUGUUGGAGAAGCGGGCCCUCGGCUCCCAGCGGCCUCGGCAGCCGUGUCUGAGCCGGGUGCUCUGGGCCUGGGCAGCCCCCAGGAGCUGCGGGGAUCCGUGUGGAAUGCAGGUGGCACCCUCGAGGCCGCCAUGCUGGGCCUUCCCUGGCCGUGCCCUCGGGGGGCCCACUCUAGCCCUGCAGGGCCUCCCUGGCCCCUCCCAGGGGCCUGGCUCUGGUCACCCGUGCGUUCCGGUGUUCACACGUUCUCGCUGCGGCCUCCCGGGUGUCACUCAUUCCUUCCUGCCAAUUGUCUAGCUCUUAGCCUCCCAGGCUCUCCGGGAGGCCGGUGCCCCCCCCCCCCAGUCUAACCCAUUACUUCAUUUUGCUUCAAUGGCCAAUUGUGCGAUGGACAAAGCACAGCCACCCUUUCAGCGGUUACCAGGCUGUUUUUUGGAAACUCACACCAGGGCCGGCCGUGGCUGAACACUGGGCAGUCGGCACAGCCUGGCCCGAGGCGCUGUGGCCCGAGGCCCGGAAUUCUGCAGACACGGUUCAUUUCAGCGUUUCCUUUGUUCUUCCAAUCAAGUGCCCAAAGAAGUGAUCCGCACAGCUGCUCCGAGCAGGGAGACCAGAUGACGUGGAAACCCAGGCCCGGGCAGGGGGCCCGUGCUGUCCGGUGAGGAGGCGGCAAGGAGGCGGCGGAUUCAGACGUGAGCUGAGCCCCCGGGCCUGGUGCUGAUGGGUGACUGUGCCUCGCGUGCGGCUGAAGAUGCAGAGCGAUGGGCAUAGACACGGCGGCCGGGACGUGGGGGGAAGAGGGUUCCCAUGUGUGAGUCUGAGCCGCCACCUCCCGGUGCCGCUUCCUCUCCCGUGACUGGUUGUGCCCCUUGGGUGUAGUUUUUAAUCUGAUCAGAACUGUUCCCAAAAAAGUCAGUUUUAUGAAGACAGGAAAAAUGGAAACCUAUUUUUGUGACUUAAGACUUUAUGGCAAAGAUUAGACACUGGAGGGUUUUUUAAAAACAUGUAUAUUUAUUGAUGUUCAGGACACUGGGAUUGCAGCACAGAGAAGCGUCUACAAUAAAUUAAGAUUUCUGC